CAGAGGGCGAUACCGUCGCGGUACGUGAUUGGCUAGUGAUAUUCUGUGCCUUCCUUGUUUACUUCUCAAUCUUCUCAAAACGGGACUUUUUAUCACAAACUUCGGCGAUUUCAAAUUCGAUGUUAUAUUUCCAUUAUUUCACAUUGAAUAAAACUAAAUUUACGUAUAGAGAAUUGCUUUGCGAUCGUGCUAUCGAGUAAAUGUUGUGGUGAAUUAAAAUAACACUUGCAAAGAACUUUAAAUUCAUUUAAUCGUGCAACUUUGUUUCAUCCUUCUAAGCUCACUAAAACACUGUAACUCGAGGUAAUAUUCAUUAUUCACAACAUAUAACGAUACUAGAAGUCAUAUAUUAAUCAAAAACACUAAAAAAAACACCACGAAAUGUACGAAAUUAAUGAAAUAUCGUUGAAAAUUAAUACGAGAAUGAAAUCGCCGAAGUUUGUGAUAAAAAGUCCCGUUUUGAAAUGUAAACAACAAGAGCACAGAAAUAUCAACAGCCAAUCAGAAUGCGCGACGGUAUCGCCCUCUGGGGAACGUGGAAGUCCGAAUAGAUUUCAUUCAUGUCUCUGCAUCCAGCAUGCGACACGAACACGUCAUUGGCUUUCAAGAUCUACUUUUUUGCAAACAAACGAAAUGGACCAAUCACAGACCGCAAUGAUAAUAUUAAAGCAUUUGAUUGGUCAAUAUUGUACAUUACUCAAUCUGCCAAUCAACAAAUCAAAAUGCAGAAAAAUUUUUUUAUCAUUCUUAUCAAAUUAAAAUUUGAGGAGCUCAUUGCAAAAGUAGCCCUUGUCACAUGAACUUUUAGACCCUUUUCACUCGAUUGCACCUAAUGCCAACUGCGGAGAUCAUGUUGUAAUGAUGAAAUGACCGUCAAGUUGGUCUACCCUGAGUAGCUCUGAGAGGAAUUGCUUUAUAGAGUUUACAUUCAUGAUACUGGGUACGCUCAAGGGAGAGCUUUAGAGAUUGCAUAGGUUCAUGUGACAAGGGCUACUUUUGCAAUGAGCUCUUCAUUUUGUUUUGAUAAUCGCGGUAAAGUUGAAAAUUCGGAAAUUUGGAAGAAAACUUUCGUUAAACGAGUGAUCGAAAAAUACAAUUAAUAGUUCGAAUUGAUGCAUUUUUAUUAAUUCUCGAAUACCGGAAGCAAUAUGGCUGGUACUUCCAAAGAAGAGGACAAAUUGGGCGAUGAUGGUUUACUCUUCAUCAAUGAGAACGGUCACUCGAUUCAUUUUGUAUUAUUAAUGGAAGAUUCAAACGAGAGAGACCGAUUGAAGAGAAAAGUAGAGAGUCGUUUGGGUUGCGUAUCCACCAGUGUGGAUGAUAUAGGACCGUACACUUUGGUAUUAACAGAUUUAGCUAACAUGGGUUGGAAACAUCCUAAAGUGGACAGAUUUCAAAUCGGUUAUAUCAGCGCGUGUUUCGAGAAAAAGAGGCUUUUAGAUGUGUUUGGCUUCUGUUGGGAUAUUUCUAACAACUAUAAACAUAAUUUCGAUUAUAUGAAAGUUAUAAGCGAUAGAAUGUACACUUGGGGCACGAUACCUGCGAAAUAUCUUGUAAAGGCGUCAAGACGUGACGACGAUGAUGAUGAUGGUGUAGAAAUUGAUUCAGACACUGAUAGUAAUGAUUCUUUCAUGAACACAAAACCUAUUCCUUCACGAAAACCUACUGAUGCUAGUAAAAAGACUAGAGAUCCUUAUUCGAGAAAAGAGAAAGAAAAUAUUGUCAAAUACAUCAUUGAAAGGAAAUUAUACGAUAAGGUUAAAGGUCGUGAGAUGUGGCAAGAGCUCGAACGAUUAAAUGUGAACCCCAAACGCACAUGGCAAAGCAUGAAAGAACAUGCUAUUAAAAGUAUAUCGAGAGAAUUGCAUACAUUUGGUAUGUUGACGCCGAAAGAAAGGGAGAAAUUGAGGACAGCGUUAACGGUACCUAAACAUAACUGAUGAAGGCUGAAUUAGAUUAAACUUCAACUCAAAAUUCUGCUCGUUCAGAAUCACUUGAUCUUUAUGAUUCCUAUUUUUAUUUUUUGUACUCGGAAAAAUUGUUUGUAAUUACUUAUUUCUUUGUUGUAAUGAUUAAGAUUCGUGUUUCAGUUUUUUAUAUAUUGAAAAAUCGUUUGUAAAAUUGAUUUUCUUUACUUUUUCGCAAUUAAAAGUCGUUAUUUUUUGUA